UCUUUCUCUAUAUACAUUUAUUUCUUUCAGGCGCACCUAUGUUGGAAGUAUGCCUGGCAGAAUAAUCAAUGGACUGAAGACUGUUGGGGUUAACAAUCCAGUAUUCCUAUUAGAUGAGGUUGAUAAACUGGCAAAGAGCUUGCAGGGGGAUCCUGCAGCAGCCUUGCUUGAGGUCUUGGAUCCAGAACAAAAUCACAGUUUCACCGAUCACUACUUAAAUGUAGCUUUUGAUCUGUCUCAAGUCCUUUUUAUAGCUACAGCCAACACCACAGCUACUAUACCGCCUGCUCUGCUGGACAGAAUGGAAGUUAUUCAAGUUCCAGGAUACACACAAGAAGAAAAAGUUGAAAUUGCACAUAGACACUUGAUUCCUAAACAGCUUGAACAACAUGGCCUGACUCCACAGCAAAUACAGAUUCCACAAGUAACCACUUUGGACAUAAUUACCAGAUACACUAGAGAGGCAGGAGUCCGCUCUCUGGAUCGGAAGCUGGGAGCUAUUUGCAGAGCAGUGGCAGUGAAAGUGGCAGAAGGACAGCACAAAGAAACAAAGCCAGAUCGUGCUGAAGUGGGUGAAGAAGAUUGCAAAGAGCAUGUCACAGAAGAUGCAAAAUCAGAAUCCAUUAGUGACACGGCUGACCUGGCUCUGCCACCUGAAAUGCCAAUUUUAAUUGAUUUCCAUGCUUUAAAAGACAUCCUGGGGCCACCCAUGUAUGAAAUGGAGGUGUCUGAACGCUUAAAUCAGCCAGGAGUAGCCAUAGGCUUGGCUUGGACUCCCUUAGGAGGAGAGAUCAUGUUCGUAGAAGCCAGUCGCAUGGAUGGAGAAGGUCAGCUCACUUUGACUGGUCAGCUCGGAGAUGUGAUGAAGGAGUCAGCACAUCUUGCCAUCAGCUGGCUGCGCAGCAAUGCCAAGAGAUACCAGCUAACCAAUGCUUCUGGAAGUUUUGAUCUCCUUGACAACACUGACAUCCAUCUGCACUUCCCAGCUGGAGCUGUCACAAAAGAUGGACCAUCUGCUGGCGUUACCAUAGUAACCUGUCUUGCCUCACUCUUCAGCGGGCGGCUGGUGUGUUCAGAUGUAGCCAUGACAGGAGAAAUUACACUAAGAGGCCUUGUUCUUCCUGUGGGGGGAAUUAAAGACAAAGUCCUGGCAGCACACCGAGCUGGACUGAAGAGAAUCAUCAUUCCCCAGAGAAAUGAAAAGGAUCUUGAAGAAAUUGCAGUGAACAUACGGCAAGAUUUGACUUUUGUUAUGGCAAGCUGCCUGGACGAAGUUCUUAACGCAGCUUUCGAUGGAGGCUUUGCAGUUAAGCCCAGAGUUGAGCGUCUGAAUAGUAAACUUUAAGCAGCCAGGCCAAGAUUACAGCUGUACUGAGUUUCACAGAAAUCAAGAGUUAUCAAUGUAUCAAGUAGAACUAUGAGCUAAAUUUGAUUGUUUAAAUGUGGGUGUAAAUGCAAAUGCAAAUAAAAAUACUACUACAGCAGUUAA